CAGGACUUUAUAUAAAGGUGGGUGUGGGGCUUUUGGGUCUUUACAGGUACAGAAUUGGUGAGACUAAUUACUUACUAUUAGUGUAAUUAGUUUGUGUUUAGUGGGACUAAGUUAUGGGUAGGCAGCCUUGCUGUGACAAACUGGGUGUGAAAAAAGGGCCAUGGACUGCCGAGGAAGACAAAAAACUCAUUAACUUUAUCCUCACCAAUGGCCAGUGUUGCUGGCGUGCUGUUCCUAAGCUUGCCGGCCUCCGCCGCUGCGGUAAGAGCUGCCGCCUUCGGUGGACUAAUUACCUUCGGCCUGACUUGAAGAGAGGCCUUCUUUCUGAGACCGAAGAACAGUUGGUUAUUGACCUUCAUGCCCGUCUUGGAAAUAGGUGGUCGAAGAUUGCAGCCAGGUUGCCAGGCAGAACUGAUAAUGAGAUCAAGAAUCACUGGAACACCCAUAUCAAGAAAAAGCUUAUUAAAAUGGGAAUCGAUCCCGUUACUCACGAACCCUUGAACAAAGAAGCUAGGACCCAAGAAAGUUCAUCCCAUGCUCAUCAUUCUGCAGAUAACCAUACCACAGAAAACGAUGGCAUAGCCAAUUCAUCAGAGGAUAAUUCAAGUUCACCAACGGAGAAUUGCUCUACUACUGACGACCCCAAUUUGUUAGACGCUAUUUGCAGCGAUGAAUCUUUAUUGAAUAGCUUAUGGAUGGACGAACCUCCCCUAGUGGAUGUUUCAUGGACCAGUAUAUCAGCAGGAGAAACCAACUGCAACCUCACAAGCUUACCGUCUUGGGAGGAGGACUGCGCAUGGUUGCUGGAUUGUCAGGAUUUUGGUGCUAACGACUUCGGGUUCGAUUACCUAAACGACAUUGAAUUGAACACGUUAGAGAUGGGCGACAAAUCGGUAGCCUGAUGCACCGUAGUUGAAGGUUUGAGUAAAAAAUUAUCAAACCUAAUUACUCAAAGCUUCAAGUUAGGUGCAUGUGUUAACAAAAAUAUUAGUUGAUUUGGGUCUCGUUCCUGUUUUUUCAUAAUACUAAUGCUGGAAGGUCCAAGGUGAUACCAUUACCUAUUUCAAAGUGAUACCAUUACCAACCCUCAUAAAUUUCUUGAUGCCUUGCAAAUAUGGUAAUCUUUCUUCUGUAAAAUGACAGGGAAACGAUUAUUAAAUGAAAAAAGAAGAAGAAGAAGAUAGAGACACAUUAGGCAUGAUAAAAAGUGUUGGUGGGUUUUGUGAACGUGAAACCUCUUGUAUAUAUUUAUUUAUUAUAUAUGAAUAAAGUUAUACAGAUAAAAAGAACUGCUGCAUUGUUGUAA